UGAGCUGGACUCAUUAAACGUUCUAGUUUCACUUUCAGUUCAUCACUCGACACUUUACAGAAGAACGUCGCUAAAAUCUACCCGUAUUUAAUUUUGUUUCAAGGCGUUUGCAUUUUUUGCAACGAUGGAGAUUGCCUCAUUCCUCCUCGGAAGUGUGGCCCUUGUGAUACAACUAUUUGCAAAACAGUCCGAAAUCGCCGAUAUUGCAAAAACUACGAUAGAAUUGGAAAAUGAUUUGAGCUUACCUCUCCCCAAAACUUACGACUUCAUAAUUGGUAUAAUUAUCUACGCUUCCAUCCCGGUCGGAGCCGGAACUGCGGGUUGUUUACUGGCCGGGAGAUUAUCAGAAAAAUUCUCCGUCCUACUUUUGGAGGCUGGAGGAUCUCCACCGCCAGCCGCGGCUGUCCCAUUUUUCUCUGGAACUGUCGGCAGCGAUCCAGAUAUUAAUUAUUUUUUUAAUACGGUGGACAUGACGUAUGGAGGGGCGGACGGACGGACGGACGGACGGACAAGACAUUUCCAUAAAGGGGUCGCGACUGUUCACACCGGGAAAAUGUUGGGAGGGUCUGGAUCACACAAUGAUUUGGUCCACAAUCGUGGCAGUCCGAAAGAUUACGAUAACAUUGCCCGUCUCCUAAAUGACAGCAGCUGGGAAUAUGAAAAUGUGAUGGAAUUUUUCAAAAAAACUGAAACAUGGCAGGGAACACAGCAUGGAGAGGAGGAUUUGUCGAGAUACUACGGAACCGAUGGACCAAUUGUAGUUCAAUCUGUGGAAUUUCCCAUUCUUCCAAUUUGGUUUGCUGCUGGAAGGGAAUUGGGUUUUAAAAUUGGCGAUCCAAAUGGAUAUCAGACUGAAAGUUUCCAACCAUCCAACACACCAACACGUAAUGGGCAGCGGAGCAGCACCUACGCCGAAUUUGUGAAGCCGUACGAAAAUACUAGAGAAAAUUUAACCGUGGUCCGAUACGCGAACGUUUCUGAGGUUUUACUGAACGCUAACAAUGAAGCCUACGGGGUGGCAUACACGCGUCACGGACAUCCUCAAAUAAGUUAUGCAUCUAAAGAAGUUAUCGUGAGCGCUGGCGUGUUCUCAACACCGUUACUUCUCAUGAAAUCCGGAAUCGGCCCAAUAGAAACUUUGGAGGCUGCAGAGAUUCCUGUCAAGGUUCCACUACCCGCUCUCGGUGAAAACGUGUCCGAACACCCAGCCCUCUGGCUUGGACCGUGGUACCCGGAAUCUGAUAAUAUUUCCCUAUUUCAUCAAGUCAUGCAUCCAGACGCCACAGAGGCUUUUGUCGCACAAUAUCUUCGUGGCGAAGGACCUCUCGCAUAUUUAGGGGAAGGUCCACAAAUGUUUAAAGUGACCUCAAGGGCGCUACCAGAUUGGCCCAACCUCUCGGUCACAAUCCAUUUGCAACCGAUUCGAAACCCGGGAGAUCGGCCGACCGUGUUUUUCUAUGUUGUCCUGGGCAGACCACAGAGCAAAGGAAAGGUUACUAUGAAUUCAACCGCGUACAAGGCAGGCAUACGAGAUGAUGUGCAAUUAGCGGAAAUUGAUUUCAAUUUUUUGAGCCACCCGGACGAUGCUGAGGAUUUAUUGGAAGGAAUUCAACUUGUCUUUAACAUUACGGAAACGCAAGCAUUCCAGACAAAUUUCAAACUAACGUAUGGUCAAGUGCCAAGUCCGGGUUGUUUGGAUUUCCCAUCUGAUGAAUAUUGGAGAUGUCAUAUCCAUAAUGAGAUCAAGACUUGGAUUCAUAUGGUUGGAUCGGCAAGUUUAGGUCCAGAUUCGGGAGAUGCGACCACUUCCGUGCUCGAUACGAGGUUUAGAGUUCGUGGGGUGAAGGCUCUUCGAGUCGUGGAUGCCUCGGUUUAUCCAGAAGUGCCGAAUGGAAAUCUGAACGCGCCUGUAAUGUUGGCAGCAGAGAAGGCGGCAGCAAUUAUCCUGGAGGAUUGGGACGCUUCUGGUCCACCACCCGAGGAUAAUGGUGGAGGUUUCACAGGACCAAAUUUGCUAAUGAGUAUCAUUGUAACAGCGUUGGCGAUGUUGCAUUUGUAAAUAUUGGAUCUACUGUUUAAAACACUUUAUUUAAUUGGAAUAUUAAAAAAAUCUUGGAACCAAA